AACAAAUGCCAAAACCUUAUAGUUCUGCAGCAACUAGUCAAACAAAAACCUUAUUCAAAAUGUUCAAAUUGUUCGUUCUCGCCGCCACUUUGGCCGUAGCCUCCGCCGGUAUCGUAGCUUUGGGCCACCAAACCUCCGUCUCCAGCCACAGCUCCGUGGUAUCCCACCCAUCUCCAGUGGUAGCCGUCCACGCCGCCCCAGUCGUGCAUGCCGCCCCAGUCGUACACGCUGCUCCAGUCGCUGUACACGCCGCCCCAGUUGCCGCUGUCCAUGCCGCCCCAGUAGUUGCCGCCCCAGCUGUAGUCAAGACCCUGCACGCUGCCCCAGUAGUACACGCCGCCCCAAUUGCCGCCGUACAUGCCGCCCCAGUCGCCGCUGUUCACGCCGCCCCAGUCGUUCACGCCGUACAUUCCGCCCCAUUGGUACAUGCUUCCCCAGUACUCGUACACUAAAUGAUUUAGUCUUAUUUAUUUCAUAAAUAAAUUUAUUUUAGAAAAA